GUAAUAUAUAUCUAAAGAUGACUACAGAUGAGCGCAAUUUUAGGUCUAGUUAUUAUGAGAAAGUGGGCUGUUUUAGUGUCGAAGAGAAAAAGUCACUUAAUAAAUUGCUACAGGAUGAUAUUCGCAAUCCCGCAAAGCUAAAGCACUUUGUAUAUACUUUUACGGUUCCAGCACAGCAGCGGAGUCUGCUAUGGAGUCUGAUAAUGGGGAUAAUGCCACUUCAUAAAAGCAACACCGAAUAUGUUCGGGAGCAACGCCGCCAAGUGUAUGAAGAUCUACUACGCGCCGUGAAUGUAAUGCGUUUCGUAGAUGUGGAUAAAUCCAGACAUUUGGUUCUAUACAAAAUGUGGCUACUGGAGAACAAUCGCCUGCUGCACAGCAAUGUGCGAGUUGGGAGUCAGCCAGAUGACAAUCAUUUUAUUGAAAUUGUACGCACCCUACUUGAAAUAUUCGACAAUGAAAUGGAAACAUACUGGAUUGCCAAGGGGUUUUACCAGUACACACGUGAACUCAAAAAGGAAUGCGGCAAACUUAAAGAACUAACACAAGUGCUACUUAAACGCGAAGACAUUGCAUUAUUUUAUGGUUUGGAAAAGCUGGAACUCUUUGACGUCAAUUCAAAGCUGUUAGACGAUUGGUACACAACUUGCUUUGCCGGCGUAAUAUGUGAAACUGUCUUAGUCAAAAUAUGGGAUAAGGUGUGUGGAGGCGCCAAGAAGAUAGUCGUAUUCCUUUUUAUUGAGCUAAUGAAAGACAUAAGAUCUUUUAUAUGUGAUCUGCGAUCUCAAGAGGAACUAAAAGUGUUGGUCGAAAUGAUAAAAGAUCAGGAUGGCGUCAUUGUAAACAAGGCCAUUAAAUCUUGGCAUAGUAAUAACAGUGAAGUUGAGUACGUUCAUUGAGUAAGACUGCAAAAUACCACGUCUUUCUUAUCGGCCACCGUCUGAAGCUCGAGCGUGACAGGGCAUUGCAUCCAAUAAGACAGAAGCUCCUCCGUAUAACCAAUGAGG